AUGUUAGUUAUUGCUACGUAUAUUGGGUUGAAUGAAGCAUGCGCACCAAACCGUAUAAUAAUUCAGAACGAUCUCGGUCCCAACACUCCUCUCCAGUUCCGUUGUCGUGGCUGGAAUGGCCAGGACACAGGAAUCGACACUUUGAACAGGGUCGGUGCUACUUACACCAUUGAGUUAUCAGAUGUAACCAACUACAGAGAAAGGACAGAGUGGAAUUGUGAGUUACGUUAUGGGGCUGCAAAAGAGUUUUUCUUUGAUAUUCAAGUAUAUCGAGCAGCCGCUGGUGUUCGAUGUGGUCAGCUACGUCAUUGGGUUGCUCGUAGAGAUGGGAUUUAUUUUAGAAGAGAUGCUAACAAACCGUUAGGACAUGUUCUUCACUGGAAAAGAUAA